UAUGUGUGUCAGUGUGUAUGUGUCAGUGUGGGAGAAAAACACGGUGUGUGAAUUUAUUUAUGAGAAACCGUCUGAACUAAAUUAUUUUUGCACUAAAUCAUAUUUAAGGUUGCUUUGACAACAGCCCACUCCUGGAGACACAAAGACUGUCAGCAUGGUUGCCACAAGCACCCUAAAAACCAAAAGCAGCGAAUGCAUCUCAGAACUGGUAGACCGAAGAUAUGACCAGGCUUGCAUUGAGAAAGAACUGGAUUUCUGGGAUCACUGCUUGGCUGAACCCCAGACGAAUGCAGAUGUCACUGAAGACAGGAGCUGUCAACAGCUGGCCAAGAUGUUUGAGAACUGCCUGUCUCGAGCCAAGAAGACAACGCUGCACUGCUCCUCUGUGCUGGUACCAGAGCAGCUCACACGGAGAAUAGCUCGCGAGGUCCUGCGGCUGGCGUCUUGCGAGCCCUGCGGCCUGCGCGGCUGUGUCCUCUACGUGGACCUGGAGCUGGACAAGGGCUGCAAGCGGCUGGAGCGCAUUGUCUACGAUGCCACUGUGGUGCCCACAUUUGAGCUGACUCUUGUGUUCAAGCAGGAUGGCACCGCCUGGCCCAGCCUACGGGACUUCCUUUUUAUGGGAACCUGUUUUGCCCCGACUUUUAGGCACGUACUUAAACUAAGUCCAGGUUUCCGGCUGGUCAAGAAAAAACUGUACUCCUCCUCGGCUGGUACCGUGGUAGAGGAGUGCUGAACUAUGGGUCGGGUUAGAGUGGGAUAUCAGGUUUCCUGUGGGUCAACGCACAUCUGCCCAAAUGGAAAUGGCACUCUGGUGGUGUCAUAUUUUCUAGUGUUUUUGUACAAUACAAUUUGUCAGUUUAACUCCAAGUAGCCAGUCAGUUCAGUUUGGAACUUGGGAUGUAUAGUUAAAAGCUUAUAUGCAUACAUGAGCCUGAUAGUUCUGGGUUUGGCUUCAGUGUUUCUAAGUCCAAGUAUUCUUUUUUUUUUUUAUCAGCACAAUUGUAAUAUUCUGGAUUUUUUGUUUUUGUUUAUCUAACUCGAUCAUUUGUUGAUCAAACGCAAUUUUAAAUUGUACAUUUUGCAGAUGAAUGUAAAACCAUGUUCACAUCAACAUGUUUGAGAGGGACAUACUGUGUGUACACUUUAUUUACAGACACUAGCCACUUUGUUGAUGCAUCUGCGUGUUUCCAGAUACAUUGAAUGUGUUCUGCAGCGGUAAACACACCUGGGCUUGAAUAGGAGACUGAAAUCUAGUCUUUGGGGGCCAUAUGUAGCUUGUUGUGUAAUGCUGUAUUUGGGGCUGUGGAUGUUUUAAGACUGAAUGUCUUUUGGAGAUGCUGUCAUGGUGUAUGCUCCUCACACUAGGGGAAUGUGGAUGCCUUAAAUGUCAUAGAAAUGUACUUUUUUUUUUUUUCACUCGGAGCUGUGUGUAUUAAUGUAAAUGUUUUAUUGCCUUUUUAUUUUCAUACCCCCUCCCCAAGAAACACUUUUCAAUGGAGAGCCUUUACAGACUAUUAAAAAUGUGGU